AUGAAAGGUCGGCGAGAACGCGAUGAAGAAGAGAGCGAAGUAGAGAAUCGAGUGACGUAUUAUUCGCCGUGGGACGUGACAGAGACGUCGUCGGGGCUUCUGGUGCCAAGUUACGUGCUGACGCAGCUGCUGCCCCACCAACGCGAGUGUCUCGAGUGGCUGCACAAACUGCAUGAACGAGGAUGGGUCCGGGAGCUGCACAAGUGGACGCCUUGGAUACGGGUCGUGCUGCUCCAUGCUUCGGGGACAGGCGUAAACACGUCAUCGUCGAGUGCGUGUUACGAGCAGCUAAUUGAAGAGACGUUUUGCUACGAAAAUGACGUGUCGGGCGGCGAAGAGGGGGAGGAAAUGGGCUAUCGUGAAAGGGGAGAGCACGCACCGACAGGCGGUGGUGUGGUCAUUAGCACGUACGAAAAUGUGCGACAGUAUCAGAGCUUGUUUCUCACGCGCGAAUGGGACUACGUUGUGCUGGACGAAGGACACCGGGUUCGCAAUCCAGACGCUGAAACAACGCUUGCUUGCAAACAGCUGCGCACGAUACACCGCAUCAUUCUCUCUGGUACACCGAUUCAGAAUCGACUUCGAGAGCUUUGGUCGCUGUUCGACUUCGUUUAUCCCGGACGUUCGGGCACAUUACCAACGUUCGACGAUGAGUUUGUGCUGCCCAUUCGAGCGGGAGGAUACGCGACAGCAACUAAGAUGCAGGUGUUGAUGGCAUACAAGUGUGCACUGUCCCUGAGAGAUCUCAUCCAGUCGUUCCUGCUCCGUCGCACGAAACAAGAAAUCCUGACGAACGGCGCUGACAAUGGGAUGGGUGCACUGCUUCCUGGCAAACAAGAGCAGAUUAUAUUUUGCCGGCUCACGGUGAGACAGCGUGCGCUGUAUAGGCGCUUCCUGUCCUCGUCCGAAGUCGCAAAGGUGUUGCGGCGAGACAAUCGGCCAUUCCGGGCCAUUUCUGUGCUACGACACAUCUGUAACCAUCCAGACUUGCUAGCAUCGUUUAGUGAUGGAAGACUGGCUGACAAACAACGACAAAGUUUUGAGGACGACGACGAAGAAGAGGUUGCUAGCAUUGCUGGAUCGCUAAACGAAAUGGACGAAGGCAAAGAAGAAGAUGGAAGCGACGAGGCGUUUGGCGCUGCAUCGGCGAGCGGGAAAAUGGUUGUGCUACAGAAGGUGUUGUUGUUGUGGAAGGCGCAGGGUCACCGAGUGCUGAUCUUUUCACAAAACGCGCGCAACCCCUUCGCGUUCCUACUGACAACUCGCGCUGGUGGUAUUGGUGUGAACUUAGUCGGUGCUGAUCGUGUCGUGGUGUUCAAUCCUGACUGGAACCCGUCCACGGACGUCCAAGCUCGCGAACGAGCUUGGCGCAUUGGACAGCAGAAACCCGUGACGGUGUUCAGACUUAUCACGGCUGGAACGAUCGAAGAGAAGAUUUAUCACCGGCAGAUCUUCAAACAGUACCUUACUAGCAAGGUGCUGCACGAUGCUAAACGUAAGCGGUGUUUCAACAAGCACUCGUUGCGAGAACUGUUUGUCCUAGGGGACGAAGAAGAAGAAAAGGAUGGAGUCGCAGAAACAAACGAAAUGUUUGUUGCUGGAAACGUUGUGCGACCUGCUGAAGCGAUUGACGAUUACCGCGACGAUGGGCAAAGCAGAGACGACAAAGUCGACACAGAGGCUGGAGAUAACGACAUCGUAUUGAAGCAGUUAUUUGACGGUGGUGAUGUACGCGGUGUGUUUGAUCACUCGUCGGUGGAGUCGGAUGGCGUGCAGAACCAAGAAGCAGAUCUCGUGGAGAUGGAGGCAACAAAGAUUGCUCAACGAGUACUGAGUGCCCUUCGAGCGUCUAAUGCUCUCGUGCGGCAGCAGCGGGAAACUGUGUAUACGCCAACGUGGACGGGCCGGUCGGGCGCUGCUGGCGAUCCGUCGCAACGGCGGCAGCAGCCAUCGAUUGUGUCGCGGGACGCGAUGGCGUCGCGGCUCAGGCGACGUCCGUCCCGCUCCAAGCCGAUUCGGGAGCAUCGAGUGCUUGUGCAGUCUUCUGGCAGCUCGGCCCCAAUUGGCGCCAGUGAGAUGGCGAAGCGUUUGCACUCGUUUCUUGCCGCAAAUGCAGCGACAGGCGUGACCACUGAACGGCUGUUGGGGACUUUCGGCGACGUUGUUGGGCCCAAGGACAAACUCGUGUUUCGACACGUCUUACGUGACAUGGCGGUCUGUCGCGGUCGUCGAUGGACUCUGAAAGCUCCAGACAGCAGUGCUGACUCUUCGUAG